AUGGGUUUCAAUCAAUACACCAAAUUACUCCAAAAUCACCCAAAAACAAAUUCAUUUUCAACAAUAUCGAGUUCAUCGUAUCACCUGAAUGGUGGACCAUCGUAUAUGCGAGGAGCUGUUUUCUGGGAACCAAAUAAGCCUAUGACCUUUGAAGAUUUUGAAAUGCCUCGCCCUAAAGUCAACGAAGUGCUUAUCAAAACCAAAGCUUGUGGUGUUUGUCAUUCCGAUCUUCAUGUAAUGAAGGGUGAACUCCCGUUUCCAUCACCAUGUGUUGUGGGCCAUGAAAUCACUGGGGAGGUUGUUGAGCAUGGGCCAUUGACUGACACUAAAACAAUCGAAAGGCUUCCUUUGGGAGCUCGUGUUGUGGGUGCAUUUAUUAUGCCUUGUGGUAACUGCUUCUUUUGCACUAAGGGUCAAGAUGAUUUAUGUGAAGCUUUUUUUGCUUAUAAUCGUGCAAAAGGUACACUCUAUGAUGGGGAAACACGUCUUUUUCUCCGUGGAAGUGGAAAACCAGUGUAUAUGUAUAGUAUGGGAGGUCUUGCUGAAUACAGUGUGGUCCCCGCAAAUGCUUUGGCUAUUUUACCUCACACAUUACCAUAUGCUGAGUCAGCGGUAAUUGGUUGUGCGGUUUUUACCGCCUAUGGUGCCAUGGCUCAUGCCGCCCAAGUCCGCCCUGGUGAUGCGGUUGCUGUAAUUGGUGUUGGUGGUGUAGGAUCAAGUUGUUUGCAAAUAGCACGUGCAUUUGGUGCAUCCGAGAUUAUCGCUGUUGAUAUACAAGAUGAUAAACUCGAGAAAGCUAAAAUAUUUGGAGCCACUCAUGUUGUAAAUGCUCGAAAUGAAGAUGCGGUUUCAAGGAUCAAAGAAAUAACGGGAGGGAUGGGUGUUGACACGUGUGUUGAAGCAUUGGGAAAUCCAAAAACAUUUAUGCAAUGUGUACAAAGUGUAAGAGAUGGUGGAAAAGCUGUAAUGAUUGGUCUUACACUCACGGGAGCUAAAGGUGAAAUAGAUAUAAACCAUUUGGUUCGUAGACAGAUUAAAGUAAUGGGAUCUUAUGGAGGAAGAGCGAGACAUGAUCUUCCAAAACUUGUGAAAUUGGCAGAAAGUGGGAUUUUCAAUCUUGAUGCAGCUGUUUCAAGAAAAUGUAAGUUUGAGGAGGCAGGAAAAGCGUAUGAAGAUUUAAACAAGGGAAGUAUUAUAGGUCGUGCUGUGGUUGAAAUUAUGUAAUUCUGUAAAAGAAAUUAUUACAAUUUAUUUCUUUUAACUUUGUUAACUUUUCUGUUUCCAUGGAUGUUGUAGAGUUUUAAUGUUUGAUAAAACUGAAUCAUUUAGAGGC